UGUCAUUUUUGUCUAAAUACUGUAAAUAGUGUAAAAUGCAAAUUGGCAAUUUAAAGUCGUAAAUAAUGGUUUCAUAAACGGAACGUGUUUGGCGGAAGAAAUGUAACCAAAAAUUAAGGCUUCGUAAUGUUUGCUAUAAAAUAUUUUAAGCGAGUGAAUCAGUUCCCUAUUUGGAAACAUGCUGCUCCAAGUUUCGAGGUUAGAAAUCAUGUUUUGAAUCAUAAAAUAUUCUUUGAACCCUAUCAAUGUUCGACCACCUCAGCUACACAAGACGAAAAAAAAAAUGAUACACUUGCCAAUAGAUUUGUCAAUAAAGUGCCCCAAAAAAUUAGGCCAUAUCUAAAACUGAUGAGGUUAGAUAGGCCUGUGGGUUCUUGGCUCUUGUUCUGGCCUGGAGCUUGGGGCAUAGCAUCUGCAGCAAGUCCAGGAUGCCUCCCUGAUAUGUAUUUAUUAACUUUGUUUGGUGCUGGAUCAGUCAUAAUGCGAGGGGCAGGCUGUACAAUAAAUGAUAUGUGGGACCGAAAUAUUGAUUCGAAAGUUGACAGAACCAAAGAUAGACCUUUAGUUUGUGGUGACAUUUCAAUGAAAAAAUCAGUUUUAUUUCUUGGAGGGCAGUUAAGUCUUGGAUUGGCAAUCUUGCUUCAGUUAAACUGGUACAGUGUUGCUCUUGGUGCAAGUUCACUAGCUUUAGUAAUAACUUAUCCAUUAAUGAAGAGAAUUACAUAUUGGCCCCAAUUGGUGUUGGGAUUUACUUUUAAUUGGGGCACCUUGUUGGGUUAUAGUGCUGUUAAAGGCUUUGUUGACCCAGCAGUUUGUGUGCCAUUAUAUUUAGCAGGAGUUUGUUGGACUAUAGUAUAUGAUACCAUAUAUGCACAUCAAGAUAGGCUUGAUGAUUUGAGGAUUGGCAUCAAAUCUACUGCAAUAAGGUUUAAUGAAGAUACUAAAAUAUGGCUUACAGGUUUUACUUUGGUCAUGUCAAGCUUGCUAGUAAUAUCAGGAUUAAUGAAUAGUCAAACAUGGCCAUUUUAUUGUGCAGUAGGUUUAGUUUCUUGUCAUCUUCUCCGACAAAUUUUUACUCUUAAUAUUAAUAAUGCAUUAGAUUGUUCUCAGAAAUUUAUUUCAAACUCUUGGGUGGGCUUUAUUUUGGUUACUGGGAUCAUUUUGGGAAAUUAUUUUAAAGGUAACCAUGUAGAUAAAAAUGUGGGUAUUGAAUUAGAAAAAAAACAGGCUUUAAAUUUUGUUGCUUAAAUGUAUGUAAAUACUUUACAGUUUGGUAUUUAUUAAUAAUUAUAGGAUGUGUUGUUCCUUAUUUGUGAUAAUUCUAAAUAAAGUCAAUAAAAAAUG